GCUCCCUCAGCAGCAGCAGUCAGCCUGAACGCUGUCAGACGCUGGUAGUUUCAAUCUCCGCUGACUCUUUCAGGAGUUAAACCGGGUUAGGUUCAGCCGCUUUAUUGGACACUAGAUUAUUUUGUCUUUUUGUAUUUGUUUUCUCUCCUAAACGGAACCGAUAAAAGUGAAAACAAUGCGACUCAUCCAGAACAUGACGACCAUUGCGGAGUACACAGCAUCUGAAUACUCUGUUCUGAACCGGGUCAUAAAAAUAGCUGUUAUUGGAGGCAGCGGAGUGGGGAAAACAGCUCUUGUGGUGAGAUUUCUAACGAAGCGCUUCAUCGGAGACUAUGAGAGAAAUGCGGGUAAUCUCUACUCCAGAGAGGUCCAGGUGGAUGGAGAGCAAGUGACCAUACAGGUUCAGGACACUCCUGGUGCAGAGAUGACUGAUAACGGUAUCAGUAUUCCUGACCAUGUGACCUGCUCCAUCCAGUGGGCAGACGCUGUGGUGCUGGUGUACUCUGUGACAGAUCGUCGCAGCUUCGACUUGAUUGAUCAGCUGCAUCAGCUUGUUGUCCGUGCCGGCACUGCCAGUAUGCCUCCUGUUAUCCUGCUUGCCAAUAAGGCAGACCUGCUGCACCUGAGGCGUGUCGACUCGCAGCAGGGACCUUUGCUUGCAGGAACGCUGGGCUGCUCCUUCUAUGAAGUGUCUGCCAGCGAGGACUACAACCAGGUGCACGGGGCCUUCCACAGAUUGUGCUGCCAGCUAGCCAAGCAGCCGCCUUCUCCGUCCAGCCCACCACACACCUCUGCCAGCUCUGCCCCAGAGAAAAGGCGCUCGCCCCUCAUCCCACGGCCAAAGUCUCCCAACAUGCAAGAUCUGAAGAGGCGUUUCAAGCAGGCGCUGUCGGCAAAAGUGAGGACUGUCACCUCGGUGUGAAGCAGACCAGAAACUGGACCUGGUCACAGAUAAAAGAAGACAGAGAAGAUGAAUGCUUCUUUGAUAAAGUCCUGGAUCAGUCUGACUGAAGAAGGGCAGGUGGAGAUGAACAGUAGUAGCAUCUUUACAGCUGGAGGCUAUGAAUCUUUGAUGAGGUAACAGCCUUUUAGUGGGCAAGAGUCUGCCAUGUCAGAUAACUUGUAAAGAGAAGCAAGGACAAAGUUCAUCAUCGGUUUGAGAGGAAAAAAAAAACCUUAUAUCACAGAGAAAGUCGACUGAGGCUGAAUGAACUGAAAACUCUGUAUAAAAAAAGAAAAAAAGUGUAAAUGAAGCUCUCCUGGCAACAGCAGCUCUGAAGGACAGCUUAUUUUUAGCUGUGCAGCCCAUUCUGGCAGCUCUUUAUUCAGACUGGUACUACACAGCACUGCUAAAUGCUGAUAUUAUACCAACCACUUAAGCCAGAACUCUGUGGAGCUUCGUGCUCAGUCUUUAUGUCAAAAUCUGCAGUGAAUAUGUAUAUAUAUAUUUUUUUUUAUUUGCAGCUUUCAGAACCUUGACUGUGCAUGAUGUGAUGGGGCGGGGGGUUUGCGUGGGGCAGCAGAUGGAAGAUGUAGCAUGUGUUGGUUAUGAUCACUGAUGCACUUUAUGAAAAGUCCAAAGGGCCUAUUAUUUAUUUGUUACAAAUUCACAUUGUGCACAAUAAAAUGAUGACUUAAAGUGAAA